AUGCAAUCUGAGUGCCAGAUUAACGGAUGCCGGAGGACGCAGCAGCGAGGUGGUUUUAGACGCCACGGAGGGAACCAUCAGCCAGCUGUUUUCAGACGCAGCCCGACCAGGAUGCCUUCGCGACAAGAUGGUCAUAGGGACCAAGAAGGAAACCAGCAGCCAGCGGUUUUUACAAACAGCCUGGAGAGAAGUGCUCCGCGUGAAACGGGGCCGCCCACCCAAAGGAACCUUAGCUGCGUUGACACCGAAGGAGGACGCCUACUAUUCCGCAUACUGCCCGUUACGCUAUAUGGCGCUGGUCGAAAGGUGGAUACAUACGCGCUCCUAGACGAAGGAUCCUCAGUCACGAUGAUCGACGACGUGCUGCGAAGAGAUCUUGGAGUGCAAGGAGAGCAUCGGCAGCUUAACAUCCAAUGGUUCGGAGGUAGGGCAGCCAGAGAGCCUACCAACGUGGUGAGCCUGCAGAUAAGUGGAGUCGGAAAGACCACUCGCCACGUUUAUGCCGUUUUAAGCCUAAGUCUGCCGAUGCAGACAUUAAGUCAUCAGGAUGUCCAGGAAGUGCAGAGAUAUGCGCGUCUGCCGAUGAAGCCCUACAGCAACGCGGUGCCGAAGUUGCACAUAGGUCUGGAUCAUGGACAUCUCGGAUUGCCACUUAGAACGAGGCGGUUCUCUAGAGAGGGACCGUACGCGGCCGCAACCGAGCUGGGCUGGGUUGUGUUCGGACCUGUAAGUGGGCAAUCGACCAUGCCAUCACCGAGGUCCUGCCUACUCGCCGUGUCAGUGGACGUCACAAUGGAGCAAAUGGUGGAGGACUACUUCGACGUGGAUUCUUUCCGGAUUCGUCCAGUGGAAUAAUAUCAUCGCUAUGAAGUGUAUAUGUGCGAUCUCUAGCCUAAGAAUUGGCUCAUCAUUCUUCAACAUUUGGUCCUUCGAGCGUGAUUUCCACAAUAUACUUUGCAUCGGCGCCAUACCAGAAAAGUUCCAGGUCUUCUGUGUGUAUAUACGGUUGUGCAUUUAAUUUGCGUGUUUGCCGGUUCCGUUUCGUUUACCCGCCAAAUCACCAGCACAACCCGGCUACCAUCGUUUAAAUACAUAGUAUAUACAUACACUUUAACUGCUAUCCCAUAAGCCUACAUAUAUUCGUACACAUACAUCCAAAUAUAUAUAUAUAUAUACACACAUAUAUACAUAUAUUCGUACACAUCCAUACAAACAUA